ACACGCUGAGAACAGUCCAAAAUAACAUUCUUAUCUAUUUUCCCUUUACAAAUAUUUAAUUUCAUAUCCACCUCUUUACUAUUAAGCCUUUUUUAAAUAAAAAAAACAUGUCUGACAGCGGGGCAGUCAACAGAAGCAGCAGCAGAAACAGCGCCGAUCAUCCUGGCAAUAAUGCACAGAACAUAAAACCCGCACCAACCACACAUAAGAAAAAGUUUCAAAGACGGCCACCGACCCGUGAAUACCUGCAACAAAACUACGAGCAAAAUCUAAUGGGCGCAUCCGCCGGGUUCUUUGGCGCAAUCUGGGCCGGAUGGAUAAUGGGCGAGUACUUCUCCACCACAUUCAUCACUCUAAGCUACCCAAAUCUAGACCAUGAUGGUCGGUAUCAUUUUGGCCCCAAGGAUAUUGCGCUCGCAGUGUUUAUUGCUUCCAAAAUGAUUUUUAUCAGGGCAUGGUUUUUUAGAUACUUUUUGCGGAACCUCCAGAGUAUGCUCUUGCGCAGCAAUGGCGGGGGUGCAGAGUUUGUGGUGAAACAGGAGGUGGCUGAGUUGUGCGCUACUGCGGUUACGCGUCUGAGCUCCUUGAUCUUGUCCCUUUGCGUAGCCACGUGGCGUGUAUCAGCGGAUACCACAGAGAGCGCGGAUAUGGGGGUUGGUUUUGCAAUCAAGGUGUUUGUGCUUGUGCAGUGCGCUGCUCGACUGGCCGGGAUUAUUGUUGAGCUGCUCGAGGGCGAGGAUACGGAUGGGCAUUAUGCGCGAAUUGCAUCCCUGUACUUGACCAGCGGCGUGCUGGUGUCCGCCGGUAUGCUGGGUAACCCCGGGUUUGCUGGGUUUGCUGCGGUGGUGGUUGGGGCAGUGGAUAUUGGGCCGCUGGUGGAGGCUGGCUUGGGGAUUGCCAGGACGCUGGGGUGCGAGCUAGAGGAAGGCUGUGUCGGGUGCGUAUGCCGUGUGUUUAUGGUAGCGGUGUCUGGGGCUUCAGCAGCAACUCUUUGUUGGCUUUUUCACAAUGUUGGAGUGUCGGAUAUGGUCAGUUUGGCGGGAUUGCAUAUGGUGGUUGGCGGCUCUGUGGCUGGGCUCGUGCUGCUGGGCAUAUGGCACACGUGGACGUUGAUUGUUGGCCGCGCAGGCGUUGUUAAGACUAAUACGCUAUCGGUUGCGGAUGAUCUGAAGAAAACUAAAUGACUUUGGGCCUGCAAUAUUUGGUUUAUUAGAAGAAAAAAAACCUUGUAAACCGGAUAUAUUUGUUAUAUUCAAUAAGUGUUGCAGACCGGAUUUUGAAAGAAAAGCCCUGAUCCUUGUGAGAAUUCAUCGGCUUUUAUUAAUGUUUCGGUUUUUCAUGGUUAUUUUUUUCUUUCUGUGUUCAAUGGACAAAGUCAAUACAAGAAACUAG